GCCAAAAUCAUGACUUUAAGGUACUCCGCCUCCGCGUGUGUAGUUUCUUCACCAUCCGAAACAUUGAGUCAAUCCGUGUCAUUGACAAUUACCAGAAAAUUAGUAAUUCAUCAAGUGAUGUAUAAUUAGUUACAACAAAAGAGAGAAACAUAUAAUUGAUGCAAAUAUUUUGAAGGGAGGGAGAUCAUCUAUCAAUCUUGAGAGAGAGAGCUAUGACAGACAGCGCGCUGGAUUUUCUGUUGGAACACAUGAUCCAGCUAAUGAACUCCCGGAAGGAAUUGAUUGUGGUUGAGAAGGAGCAAAUGGAGUGGGUAUACGAACAGAUAAAGUUCCUGCGCCAGUUCCUCAAGGAUUCAGAUCAGGACGUGAUUCGCGCCGAGGUGAAAGAAGUAGUGGCAAAGAUUAGAGAUGUCACUUACCAAGUUGAUAUUAUUAUCGACUCCUUUGUACUCAUCAACACUCUGUGGGAGAUGGAUCUAAACUCGGCAUUCUUUAAUUUUCGUGUCAAAAUGAGUAUUACAUCCCAAAUUGAGGAGAUGAUGAAAAAUACUUACAAGGAAUGUGUCGACCAGUCUAAGAAAAUUGAAAACGGCUCUAAGCUAUUGAUGGAAUAUACUGAUUGUAUCAAAUUGAUUUCCAACGCAGAGAUGAUGGAGAUUCUCUUAUGGCUUGAGUCUCAGAAAGUUCAUCAUGGACGACGACAUGGCUCUAAUUCUGAAUCUGAUGACGUUGUCAUAGAAGUAGAGGAGAUCAAGUCUCUCAUAAAGGAGGUGGUGGAUAUUUAUGACAUGGGGGGAUCAUCUUCUGAUGAAAUUCAUCUCCUCCGCAGUUUUUCCGAUAAAACAUUACUCAUGUGGAGUUCCGGUAAGCCAUGGUUUACUCCUCACUCCCUUAGUUUUUCCUAUCAAACUUUAUCACUCAAGUGGCCUCGCCGUAAGGAAUGGAAAUUGCCUCUCUUCUUUUUUAGAUUCAACGACAUGGUCAAGCUAGCUCAAAAAAUUAAUCAUGAAUUUGGUGGCAUCACUGAAAAGCUCAACCCAAUUAUGAUACAAGUAAUCAAUAUUUAUGACAAGGGGUUGAGUGUCACAUGGCCUCAGUCUCACAUGCCGGAUCGAUUUCGUCUCCUCGUCAAUAAGUUCCAACAUUUGAUCAAUCUGGCUCAGAAAAUUCACCAUGAAUUUGGCAGUGUCAUAGAAAUGGAGGAGGCGCUUAGGUGCCGAGUUAUUGAAAUUAUGUCACCAACACUUGCCUAUGUGAAUAUGCAUCGAAAUUUAGGCGACGUGACGGAGGACAUCAAGUCUAUCAAGAGAGAGGUGAUGGAGAUUUAUGAGAAGAAGAAGGUGCAUGGCAUUGGAGAAGGAAUCCAGCAGAUCACGAGUUCUUCCCGUGGAGUUUCAUCAAAAACUGCCAACCCCAUAGCAGUGGAAGAAGAAGUACUUGGUUUCGAUGAGGACAUAAGGACAUUAAUGGAGCUGCUUGCCGGAGACCAUGAAAAGGAUCUUAAAUACAUCCCCAUUGUUGGAAUGCCUGGACUAGGUAAGACAACUCUGGCAAGAAAAGUGUAUAAUGAUCCUUUCAUAGUGUAUUACUUUCAUAUUUGUGCAUGGACCUAUGUCUCUCAAGUCUACCAGAAGAGAGAUAUAUUGCUUAGCAUUAUAAAUUCUGCACGCAUUCCUGUUUUUGGUAAUAUUGGCAACAUGAGUAAUGAAGAGUUAGGUGAGCACUUUUACAAAGCUUUGAAAGGAAAGCGAUAUCUUGUUGUCAUUGAUGAUAUAUGGAGUAUCAAAGCUUGGGAUGUUCUGAAAAGGUAUUUUCCAAAUGACCGCAAUGGAAGCAGAAUUGUGUUCACUACUCGACUUGUAAAUGUUGCAAUGGCUUUGCAGGCUAAACCUCACCAUUUGAGUUUUCUAAAUGAAGAUGAAAGUUGGAAUCUAUUAUGUUUUAAGGUAUUCCAAAAAGAGAGUUGUCCUGUAGAUUUGAUAGAAAUUGGAAAGGAAAUUGCAAAAAAGUGUGGAGGAUUGCCACUUGCGAUUGUUGUAAUAUCAGGGCUUCUCGCAAAGAAAGACAAGAAUUUAGAGUGGUGGAAGCAUGUCAGUGGAAGUGUAGGUUCCUAUAUUAUUAGUGAUCCAAAACAAUACAUGGACACACUAGCACUGAGUUACAACCACUUACCUCAGCACUUGAAACCAUGUUUCCUCUAUUUUGGAGCAUUUCCAGAAGACUAUGAAAUCAUUGCGAGGCAAUUGAUCUCUUUAUGGGUCGCUGAGGGAUUUAUACGGCAAAAUGAGCAGAAAACCUUGGAGGAAGUGGCAGAGGAUUACUUGAUGGAUCUAAUUGACAGAAGUCUAGCAAUUGUUUCAAAGAAAAGGUCUGACGGUGGAAUCAAAGCAUGUCGUGUCCAUGACCUUUUGCGUGAUUUAUGCUUGAGAAAGGCACGUGAGGACAAUUUUCUUGGACAGAUUUCCAGGUAUGAACAGAGUUCUGCAUAUAAGCAAUGUCGAUUGUGCAUCCAUGAUAACCUUGUUGAUAAUGCUUCUUUCAAGCCUUAUGAGGUAUGCACCCGAUCUUUCUUGUCCUUCGGUCGUUCGCCUUUUAAUUUACCUAUGAUUGAGGAUGAUUCAUUCAUCUGUCAAGCCUUCAUGCUUCUUCGGGUGUUGAAUUUAUUAUCCAUUAAGAUCUUCUCUGUUUCACUGGCAUUAGAAAAGUUAGUUCACUUAAGGUAUUUAGCACUUCAUGUUGAGGGAGAGUCUGUCAGUCCAGAGAUAUCCAACCUCUGGAACCUCGAAACUAUUAUUAUUAAUGGAUCGAAAGGUUCAUUACACUUACAUCGCAUCCAGAAGAUGGUGAAUUUGAGGCAUGUGUAUAGUACCCGUCCUAUAAAAAUCCUUAGUGACUCUCUAUUCAUGAACCUGCAAAGCACAAGCGAACUCCCUGGCUCUCCCUCGGUAUUUGAGAACCUGCAAACCAUAGGCAAACUCCAUGGUGGACAUGAUUUGGAAUGGUUUCCCAAUCUUAAAAAAUUAAAAUGUGAACAUGACAAUUUUCCAAAAUUGGACUUUUUAGUUCACCUUGAAACACUAAGCUUAAUUUACAAUGGAUACAAAAGGUGUUCCCAUCUUGAUAGGUUCCCCCCAAAACUCAAAAGCCUCACUUUAUCGAACUUCCGUCUACCAUGGGAUCAAAUGUCAAUCUUGGGGAGUUUACCCAACCUCGAGGUUCUCAAAUUGUCAUACAAGGCAUUCGAGGGACCAAGUUGGAGCACAAGUGAUGGGGAGUUUCGCAAACUCAAAUUCUUGAAACUCCGGGGCUUAGACAUUAGGCAAUGGAACACCUCCAACAGUCACUUUCCUAACCUUCAAACAUUGGUGUUGGAUGACUGUGAACUACUUGAGGAGAUCCCAUCAAGUCUAGGGGAUGUAUCUACUCUAGAGAUGAUUCAGGUACGUUGGUGUAGCCGCUCUACGGAAAAUUCUGCCCGACAAAUUCAAGAAGAACAAAAGAUCAUGGGAAAUGAUGGGCUUAAGGUCGUUAUCUACUCUUUACAUCAUAAUGAGGUAGUCUUUGAGGAUGUGGAUGAGGAUGACGAUGAGUGAAGCACAUUCCACCUCAUUGAUCAUGCAAAAGAGUCAGCCAAUUUAGGUGUUCCUCAGUUCCAGGGUUAGAGCUUGAUCGUGCUGAGCAGAUACAGUCACUCAUUCCUCCGACUACGUAGGAUUGCUUUCCAUAUUUAGCUUUGGAUUUUGUUUCAGUUGUUUCCUUUUCAAUUUGGGAUUUUGAUAGGGGUCCACUAGAUGGAUUCCCGAAUUGUUUAAGUAAUGGAGGUUUUGGAUUAUUGGAUUUUAAUUAUAUUAUUUUAAGGAUUUUUAAUUUAGAAUUCUUUCAGCUUUA